AUGACGGACUCCGGUUCCAAGAAGGCCUCCAUCACGCAGUGGCAGCAGAAAGCUGCACAGCCGGCCCCGAGCCCCGAGGAGAACGCCGCUGUGCCUGCGGCUCCCCAGCGAGCUGCGCUUUUGAAUCAGGCAAGCAAGUUCCUACAAGAUGAUUCUAUCUCAAAAGAGUCUACGGAGCACAAAGUGGCAUUCUUAAAGACCAAGGGACUUAGCGACGAUGAAAUUCAGAGCGUCCUGGGCGCCUCGACGAGCACAGAUACACCUGCUACCAGCACAGCCGCGACCGAGGAUGCCUCCCAAGCUUUGUCUUCUUCUCCGACACCGUCAACAGACAAUAAUAAUGGACAUCAGCCUGAUGUCGCUAUAUCAUCAACGUCGUCACCAUCUCCCUUUCCAUCUUCAUCCUCCCCCUCUUCACAGCCCUCGGCAAAUCGCGACAUCCCUCCUAUAAUCACCUAUCCAGAGUUUCUCUUCCAGCCCUUGAAACCACCGCCACUGGUCUCGAUUCGCAGCGUUCUCUACACUAUCUACAGUACAGCCGCGCUAGGUACAGGUCUAUACGCCGCGAGUGAAUACCUGGUGAAGGCCAUGUUGGCCACCCUGGCAAACGCGCGACGCGAGCUCGCAGAGUCAGCCCACGAGAACCUCAAAACCCUCAACAAGAAAUUAGAAGAUAACGUCUCGGUUAUCCCUCCGCAGCUAUCUCUCUCUUCCCACCACUCCAAGGGUGACCAGGAAGGAGAAGAAGAAGGAGGUGACUCCGAUUCCAUAACCUCCGACCCAACCGAGCUCUGGCACAGAGAUGCCGCCACACAAACGUCCCCGGACGCUCUUUCUUCUUCUUCCACUGAGAAUCUUGCAAAUACACCACCUUCGACCAUCGACCCGGCAGAAAAGGUAAAGGCUCACGUGCAGAAAAUCGAAGCCAUCAACUCGUGUCUCCAGGACUUCCUCAAAUCGGAAAAGUUGUCCGACUCCCACGAGGACGCUGCCAGGAACCGUAUCGCAGAUAUGCGCUCUUACCUGGAUGGUUUGGCAUAUAGUGCUCCUUCUUAUGGUGCGACGACCGGGUACGGCGUCUUCACGUCUCCUGGGAUCGACAGUUUCGGGAGUUCUUCUGUAGGCCUUCCUAAGAGUGAGGAGGAUGCGAUUUCUAAUUUUAGGUCCGAGAUUCGUGGUUUCAAGGGAGCCAUGUUGAGUGCAAGGAAUUUCCCUUCAGGUGGUGCGAGGAGGAGCGGUGUUGGUGUCUCUAUCGGGAGGUGA